AUGGAAGAUGAAGAGAAAACAACCCAUGUUGGAGCAGCAACCAACGGAGGAGAAGACACAACAACAUCAAGAGUAUUCCCCUGUUUGUUCUGCUCAAGAAAGUUUUACAGCUCUCAAGCCUUGGGGGGUCACCAAAACGCCCACAAGAAGGAAAGAACCGCCGCGAGGAAGGCCAAACGGGCGUCUCAUGAGAAUGGACCGCUAAACUUCUCAACUCAUCCGCAACAACAACCAAUGGUUUUUGCCCCUAAUCACCAUUUAGGCCUUUUGCACCCUUCAAUGUACAUAAACGCCCACGCAGCCACUUUCCGCUACUUCCCAACUCAACACCAAUUCUCCGACCGUUUCGGGUCCAAUGGUGCGCCGAGGUUCGACAACUUUGUGUAUUAUGGUGGAAGUUGUGCGGCCAAUGGAUGUGAAGAGGACGAGGAAAGCUUCUUGAAUUGGCAAAGAAGCAUAAGAACAUGCAAUGCAUUUGGUGGUGAUGGUGGUGGUGGAUCAUCUCAACAUGCAUCAUCAGUCACGAGUGUCAAUCACAAUCUUGGGAAUUGUGAUAAGGGUAAAGACCCAAAACUUGAUCUUUCUCUCCAUCUAUAG